AUGAUCACCACCAGGAAAGGCGCAGCGCGUCUACGUAUCCUUAUUUUAUCUGUCUGCGUCACAAAUGGAGAUAUUCCACUUUUCGAGCGCUUCAGUCUCGUUACAUCGACAAGACCCGAAAUCAAUAACUCUACCGAAUCUCCAGGAUCGCCGUACUUGGAAGAUGAAACUCCUCUUCCCACACAGACGGUUUCACCCAUACCUGUUACCCCAGUAGACGCGGGACCGAAAGAUUAUCGCGAGUGGAAUACGCGGACAUUGAAAGAGCUGCACUCAUGUAUCAAGCACGACAAUUGUGGUUCGAACCAGCGGAAGAUCGCGUUGUUGGCUUCGCAUUGGUUUACAUGGGGUGUCUUCAACAAUUGGAGAGGAGGGGAGGGUGUCUGGGGUGUAUCAGUUUUUAAAUCUCUCGAUACCUUAGGGUAUACCAUACUCUUCGCAGAAACCUUCGAGGAGGCUGUGGAGCAACACCGCGAGUUUCCAGACCUAGUCAAGGUCGUCAUACGGCAUUUGGCAGGUCAAUGCCACUCCAAUCCAAACUGCGUCAAGAGCCCUUCCAACCCCCUUGGAAUCCCCGCCUGGAAGAUUUUUGACCUUGAAUUUUUCCCCGUAUUUGCCGAGCACGACGACGGGUCUCUUUUGGGCGGAAAAUGGAUCCUUUCCGCUAACCCUGAUCAUCUCCUCAGCGAAGAAGAUAGCACGGUGCAAUAUAUUGGGUAUUCCAUCCAGGACGAGUGCCGGCAAACUUCGCCCGUUCCCCUUUCCUCGCGAUGGAACCAAGCCUGGCUGCUAAUGAAGCAGAUCAAAUACGUAUACGACAACCGUUUUGCUUGGGAUCGCUCUUUCUUCUCGCGCGCCUCGCACGAGCUCAACAUCAAGCUCGUUGGCGCAUGGUCGCUCGACCAGCACUAUGGUGCAUGGGACCCGGAGAAGGACGGCGAGAUGAAGGAUAUCGAGGACCGUGAUCGGGGAGUAUAUAAUCUUGGCGAGAACCUGAACGCCACCAGCUUCAUGCACCAGGUCGGAAUGAGUAAAGUUAUGAUCGGCGUCGGAAAUCCGUACUGGAGUCCUUCUCCAUAUAACGCUCUGUGCCAGGGUGUACCAUUCAUUAACCCUAUCAUUUACUGGGAUGAAAAUCAACCACAGCGAAAAUCUGCAUGGAUUACACAGCACCCGUCUCUCAAUCAAUUUGACCCCCCUUAUGUCUACAAUGUACACGCCCGCAACUGGACCGGCUUCGUCGAGGCCAUUAAAGCCGCAUCUACCACAGAAAUCGCCAGCUUCAUUCCCGAGCAUAUGACAGAAACAGCCGUCCAAGCACGCUUGAAAAAGCUUAUGGAGGAAAAUUGGCGAUCAAAAGCAGCCAAACUUUUAGAACAGCGACUGCAAGAAAAGAAGGAAGGGAAAGACGUAUAUGUAAGCCCUCUUUCCAGUCGACAACGCUGCCCCGUGUAA